AUGGAGGGCUACUCCACUACUGAUGCCCACCAAUUUGUUUUUGAAAUUGGAAUACAGCAAGCAAGGAAACAACAGGAUCACGGCUGGUCCAGCCACGUGGCCUUUGGGGCGGCGGCCCAGAAGGCGCCCACCGGUCGGCGCGCCAGUGACAGUGACAGACAAACAAGGGCACAAUCAUCUACAUAUUACGACAACUUAUCAGCCAUGCAGCCUCCUCCUCAAGCAGGCGGUCCCCCGGCCUUUAGGGGCCAGCCAGGCCAAACUAGCGGCCCGGGCGGCCCAGCCCAAAGGCCAAUGCAGCAACAGCCACGAGGUCCUGGAAUGGCAGGACCUAUGAACGCCCCCCAAAGGCCCGGACCUCCUGGGGUACAGCAAAUUGGGGGGCCCGCAAUGCGGCCAGUAGGGCCUGGCGGGCCUCCUGGAGGACCUCAAGGCCCAAGGCCUGGAGGGAUCAACGCCCAAGGAAGUUUCCGCGACUUUCCACGGGGUCCCAUGGGAGGAUUCGCGGGAGGACCCAUGGGGGGCCAACGCGGUGGUCCUAUGGGUGGACCACCUGGAGGUCCAAUGGGUGGUCCAAUGGGCGGGCCUCCUGGAGGUCCGAUGUCUAUGAGACCCAGUGGUCCACCAGGAGCUGGUAGACCAAUGCAGCCUCAAAUGGGUGGACCAGGAGGCCCUGGACCGCAAAUGCGUCGUCCUGGGGGCCCCAUGGGGGCACCACCGAUGCAGAUGAUGCGUGGUCCGUCAGGGCACUUUGAGGCGCCUCAGAGAUCUAUGGAAGGGGGCGGCGGAACUGGAGGCCCGCCUGAUAUGCGCGGAUUUAUGCGGGCAGGGCCACCUCCAGAAUUCGGCAUUGGCGACGGUCAUCAUGGAAGGCCCGACAUGAGCCACCCGCCCAUGGGCAAGAUGCAGCAGCAACCGUCUCCCUCGAAGCCCGUUCAUCCGCAUGCCCCGAAGCUGGUUGUGCACAGACCCACACGAAAAACCCGUGAAGGGCGACUGUGGUGCAUCAACGACAACUGGGAAGUUGGUCGCCUGACCAACUCAGGCUUCAGAUCUUUGGGCCUGCUCGGCAAUGAAUAUCUGGUGGAUCUGGCUUUUAAUCCUCUAGACGGCUCCCUCUGGGCCGUUAACCGCCUUGGAGAGCUGUUGCGAUGGAGUGGAUACUCAUUGGACCGCAAGGCGCAGCACGGCUUCCACAAACUAAAGGCCAUUACGUUUGAUCGGAAGGGUAAUUUGUGGGCCCUCAAUACGGCGUGUGAGCUGGCGGUCUGGAACGAGCAAGAGGAGGAAUGGGACGUAAAGGAUAUUCCGGGGGCACUGAGGUUAACAGAUUUAACGUUUGAUGAGCGAAACCGCCUGUGGAUCAUUGGCCCCGAGGGGCAACUCAUGGUGCUCUCUGGCUCCAAGUGGGUAAAUUUCGGCUUUGUUGGUUGCUGGAAGAUGAAGGACCUAAGCUUUAAAGUCCCUAAGUCGGCUAAUGCUAAACCUUCUUCCCCUGUGGCGGAGGCAAGUUAA